AUGAGAGCUUCACCUUGGAGGCCUGAAAUCCUGCAGCUCUGGAGUCCAAAAGGUGCAGUUGGUUAUGGGGAAGGUAUUUUUAAUUUGCAUUGCAGCAUUCCCAGUGUGGACGAUGAGGAAGUAGAUGCUCCACCUCCCGGCACCGCUGCGGUGAAGCGCGCAUGGAAAUUUCCACUGCUGCUGCGGGCGGUACGGCUGUACCGCGCUCACCCGAGCUCCUCUCGGACACCCUCUACGCUGCUUCCGGCCCCCCCAGAGCACCACCGAGCCGUCCCCGUGAGCUCUGCACGGGGUUUGCCAUGGCGCGAUUACCUCAGCGGCUGUCACCGGGGCUUCGGGCCGCUGGGCGCGGCGCUGCGCGGAAACCUCGUGUCCCAGUGGUGGGAAGCGGCGCUGCCCUUCCGCGAGCAGGUGCUGGCGGUGGAUGCCCCGCUGCACGGCCCGCCCGCCGCCGCCGCUUCGCAGGGCCUGCGGCUGCUGCGCUCUGAAACCCUGCACGAAGCCCUCCAGGGCAGGGGCUGUAGCCAGGAGCAGGGCGGCCUGUCGCUGGAAGAAGUGCUGGGAGCAGCGGGGAUGCUCCGUGAGAGCCUGCUCCCCGGUGCCUUGGCACAAUACGCUAGCUGCUUAGAGCUGGUGAACAGAAGACUGCCUUGUGGCCUUGCGCAAACUGGAGUGUGCUUUCACUCUGUUCCAGAGAGCGAACAACACAGCAAAAAUCAUGUAAGAAUAGGCGAAAGGACCACGUCUUUGCUUGCAUGGUUUAGUUCUCCCAGAACUACAGGACAGUGGCUGGAUUACUGGUUACGCCAGAGGCUUCAGUGGUGGAGAAAGUUUGCUGUAGCCCCAUCUAACUUCAGCAGCAGCGACUUUCAGGAUGAAAGAGGAAGAAAAGGAUUUAAUUUGCAUUACAGAUUUCCUUGGGGGACAGAAACAAUAGAAACAUUGAAGAACCUUGGAGAUACUGAACUGUUACAGAUGUAUCCAGGAGAUAGUUCAAAAUUACUUGGUCGAGAUGGAAGGAAGAAUGUUAUUCCCCAUGUUCUGUCUAUGAGUGGAAACCUGGACCGAGGAGUGUUAGCAUAUCUCUUUGAUUCGCUCCAGCUAGCUGAGAAUCCUUUAACAAAAAAGAAAAUUGCACAGAGAAAGGUACUUAAGCUUCAUCCUUGUUUAGCACCUCUUAAAGUGGCCUUGGAUGUAGGAAAAGGUCCAACAACAGAGCUGAGACAGGUUUGUCAAGGAUUGUUCAAUGAACUGUCAGAAAACAGAAUUUCUGUAUGGCCGGGCUACCUUGAAACCAUGCAGGUAUCUCUGGAACAACUUUAUACAAAGUAUGACGAGAUGGGUGUUCUCUUCAUGAUCUUGAUAACAGAUGCCACUCUAGAGAAUGGAGUGGUCCAGCUGAGAAGCAGAGAUACAACCAUGAAGGAAAUGAUGCAUAUUUCUAGGCUGACGGACUUUUUAACUAAGUAUGUAACAUCAGCCAAAAAUGUGUGAAUUUAUAUGUGUUGAAUAAAAGGAAUUUCUUAAA